UAUAUCUCACAGUAUUAGGGCCAUUCUUUCCAACUUGCUCAGCAGCAGGCAAUACCUUACGUUACCUCCUGGGCAGACCCACUCAAAAUUAUAUCCAAAGCUGUCUGUUUUGGUCAAUUCUGUGAGCUGCUGUUAGAGAACAGAAACAUUUAGAGUCGCUAUACGUACAUUGUGUUUCUCUUGUGACCAGGAAAUACGUUUGGCUCGUCAACUUAACGGAAACUGGCUCAUCCAAUUCUACAACAUACUCUGAUAUUUUUCUCCAUCUUCCUGCGUGUUCUGCUUAGGAUAAUUACAUGUCCCAGAAACAAAUUACUUUCGGGUUCUAGUACUGUGACCGACAAGAGAGCCUGUGCAGUGCCCCCCUUUUAAGGUUUCCACUUUGUUUUGAUCCCUUGAUGCUCAGAGCACGACUCACUCUCUCCCUUCUCCUCCGGUUAGUCUCUCCAGCCCAACCCAUAAACACAGCAGAGUAAGUGCAGGAGCCUGGCUUUGAGAUCCGUAGAAGAGCAAACGGAAGGAAGCCACUACGAUUCUUGCCGAUACCGCCCCACGAAAGGCAACCCCCUUUUUGUACGGAAAGCGUACGCGCCAUUUUGCGUCCCGGAAGCAACCUUUCCCACCUCAGAGGGCGCUGCCAUUUUAGACUACGAACUCUGCUGCCUACUUCCUUCCCCUUAGAGCGCGUCAGAGCUUCGUCUGACCAACGGCAGCCCCAUAUUGUGUUACGGACGAAAAGGCGGCCCCCACAAGGGGCUGGGGCCUUGUUCCCCCCUCCUUUUUUUAGGUGUCUUCAUAAAAUGCCCGCCGAGAGUCCCUUUUUCUCCCCGCUCCGCUCCAAGAUGGCGUCGAUGCGGGAGAGCGACACUGGCCUGUGGCUGCAUAAUAAGCUGGGCUCGACGGACGAGCUGUGGGCGCCUCCGAGCAUCGCCUCGCUGCUCACGGCUUCGGUUAUUGACAACAUCCGCCUGUGCUUUAACAGCCUCUCGUCGCCCGUGAAGCUCAAGCUCUUGCUGGGAAUGUUGCACCUGCCCCGACGCGCUGUUGACGAGGUGAGUGAAGGAGGGAAGGAAAGAUACGGGACCGCCCGACCCCCCUCCCUCCGCUCUUUUCCCCGUGCCCAGCCGGGCAAGACACCGAGAACACUCUGCUCGGAUGGGCCGCUUGCCCCGCCCACCCAGCCGAUGAAAGGUGCACUGACUGAAAUUAUCCAGCUUGCUACAUUGGAUUCAGACCCCUGGGUCUUAAUGGUGGCUGAUAUUUUAAAAUCCUUUCCAGAUAUUGGCUCCCUUAAUCUUGAUCUGGAGGAACAGAAUCCCAAUGUUCAGGAUAUUCUUGGAGACUUGCGAGAAAAAGUAAGUGAAUGCGAAACAUCAGUCAUGCUGCCACUGGAAUGCCAGUACUUAAAUAAAAAUGCCUUGACAACAUUGGCUGGUCCACUUACACCUCCAGUAAAACACUUCCAGCUUAAACGGAAACCAAAGAGUGCCACUCUUCGAGCAGAGCUUUUGCAGAAAUCUACUGAAACUGCCCAGCAGCUCAAGAAAACAGCUGGAGUGCCUUUUCAUGCCAAAGGACGGGGGUUGGUAAAAAAAAUUGACACAACAACUCCACUCAAAGGAAUACCGAAGCAGGCUCCAUUCAGGAAUCCGACUGCUCCGAGUGUAUUUAGUCCUGCUGGAAACAGAACUCCUAUUCCUCCAUCAAGAACACCUUUGCGUAAAGAGAGAGGAGUAAAGUUACUCAACAUCUCAGAGCUUAAUAUGAUUGGUGCUGGCCGAGAAGCAAAAAGAAGAAGGAAGACUGUAGAUACAGAAGUGGUAGAAAAGCAAACAAAGGAAGAAACAGUUUUAGAAAAUGCUACUCCAGAUUAUGCUGCUGGUCUUGUUUCUACUCAGAAACUUGCCUCUUUGAAUAGUGACCCUGCCCUGGCUUCUACCAGUUACCUGCCUGCGGCACCUAGUGUUAUGCCAUCCUCUUCCUACGCUCCAAAUUCUGACCCACAACCAGCUGGAUCUGUUCGGGAACCCUUGCAAGCUAAAGAGGAAUCUGCUGCACCCCCAACGACAGCUGUCACGACUCAAUUUAAGCAAAGGACGCCCAUGUACAACAGUAACACAAAUGCAGGUGCAACAACACCUACCUCUCCUGUGACUCCGCCAGCUGCCACUCCCGCAGCACAGGUGCCACAGGCUGCUCUUCAGCAAGCACCACCCAAGAAAAACCUCUCGCUCACAAGGGAACAAAUGUAUGCAGCACAAGAAAUGUUUAAGACAGCAAACAAAGUUACAAGGCCAGAGAAGGCACUUAUCCUUGGAUUCAUGGCAGGAUCUAGAGAAAAUCCAUGUCAAGAACAGGGUGACAUAAUCCAGAUCAAACUGAGUGAACAUACAGAAGUACUGCCAAAAGCGGAUGAAACAGGAAGCACCACUAUGCUAGUUGACACAGUCUUUGAAAUGAACUAUGCUACUGGCCAGUGGACCAGACUAAAGAAAUACAAACCAAUAACAAAUGUUUCCUAAACAGGUCAGUGGGGGGAAAGUGUAGACCAAAUGGAUCAUAGAAUAAGCCAGCUUGUAUAUUGUGUGUCAAUUAGGCAGAAUGACAUUCCUGUGUAGACCUCAUUGUAAUCAUCAAGCAUACAACCUGUGAUGGAUUGAAGUAGCAGAAGGACAGGAUAAAGUGGCAAUGCUUGUAUUUUUAUUAAAUGGAAGGAGGAUACAAUGAUUCAAGACACCUGAGUUUUCAGAGCAAAACAGGCCUUCCUGUAGGAGAAAGAGAUUUGUUUCCAGCUCAUUGAGAAAUUGUAUUGAGGACAGAUUUCAUGGCAGUGGUAUUCCAUUGACUUUCUAGAUUCUGUGUAUUUUCUAGGUACUGUUAUAUUUGCAGUUUUUUUUCUUCUGUAACUGACUGCAAGUGAUUUUAUGUAACACUGCAGCCAUUUUACCAAGCAUUGUGAAAGAAUGAAUAGUAUUCCCUGGGUUUGUUUUUUUGGCAUACAUAAAGGAAUUAGAGAUGCCCACCAUAUAAUUACCCAUUAUCAACGGUGCGUUUUCCACCAAGUGGGAGGAAGCCAUAGCCCACCCUUAAUGUGCAUACUGUAUUAUAUGCAUUAGUACAACAGUGGGCUGCACUUUUAUAUGUUUAUAUAAAAGCAUAAGGUAGCCCAAAUAUCAAAAUAUUAAAUAUUCUGGUUGACACCAACAUUGCUAAUUUUUAGUGUCAAAAUAUGAUUUAUAUGGAAUCCUUUACUAUUACAUAUUAUUUAAAUUAGUCAGUCCCAAGUUCUUUAUAGCUGGUACUUCAGGGUAACAACUAGUCUGAGAAGCUUUUUAAAAGUACUGCACCUGAAAUAAUGUAUAUGGAUGUAAUAAAUUGGCAGAAAUUUCAUUUCUAUGUCCAUGUUGGAGUGAAAGUAAAAAUGGUCAAUGGGAUGGUUCAUUCCUAAUUUCCCUAUGUUCGUCCCCACUGCUAGAGAAUGGUUCUAUGACAGGGAUUUAUUAUGGAAUGGUACAUUUGACAAUGAUUUCUAUAUUCCUUUUCAUGGAUUUGUCAUCCCAGGGUUGGAAAAUAUGGCCAAGAGGUGACCUUACUGCAAAUCCAUGAGACUUCAAAGUAUUGUUGCAGAAGACUUUCUUAUUAGUGGGGGGAUAUAUUUAGAGCAAUGUUCUAAUUGCUCGAAACUUCAGUUCUAAGUCACUGCAGUGUAACAUGUGAGAACUAAUUUGAAUAAGAAGGAAUCGCACGUCCUUCUGCGAUUCUAUUGUGAGACAUGAGAAAGAAGUUUAUGCUGAGCCAUACUGAAAAUGGUAGCAAAGAAAUUUAACCAGAAAUGUUCUGGUGCUAGAUCAUUUUGAUAAUUAGAAACUCAGAAUGCCCAAACAAAUCCAGAUUGUACCUAAUUUGAGAGAAGCAUAACCUAAAAAGAGUGAAAAGGCCUAAUUUUACAUUUUAUCCUGAUGUUACUAAGCGAAAUCUCUUAAUUUGUUAAAUAGAGAAUACAUUACUUCUUUUGGAAUACUUGUUAGUUUGGCAAUACUUGCAGUGAAAUUGGCUGUUUGAAGGCAGGAUACAAGCAGAAGAAUGUUAUAUAACUUUUUAAUUCCCUAACUGUAACUUAUGUUUCUAAUACAGGAUCUUUUAAAGAAAGCAAUACUUUCUGUGUGUUUUGUUUGUCAUUGAAAGUUGUAUACAAGAUAAAGGAUCUAUGUUAGUUUUCUAGCAUACAAGUUUCACCUGUGAUUAAGUCCAAUGUUAAGUCCAAAUGUUAAAGGAAAUGAGUUUUAAAAUGAGAUAUAAUUGUUUUAAAAUGGUUUAAAUAAUUCAUUUUAACAUGUCUAGCUGUUCCUUUGACUAGUUCUGAGCCAGAAAACGGGAAAACAUAAUGGCAGUUCUUUAGCUGGCAACCUUGUUUAAAACAUGCUUAGUUUUCUUUAGAAUGAUUGCGACAAUUAAAGUGAUAUCAACCAGUG